CAAAUAGUAUUACUAGUACUACCUCAGAGCGAGUUAGGUCUGAAGCAAAGAACACAAAAAAUGGCAACGGUUUCAAAGAUAUCGUCACUCUUAUCACUAUCCAAACCUAAACUCAUUCACCACACCAAUUCCUUUCUUUUCCCCUCUUCAAUUCUCAGAACCCUCAGCAGCAGCAGCAGCAACAUCGCCACGAGAAUCACAAAGAAGAAGACAGAAGCAGCACUUGCCAAGGAAAAGAGACGAACGCGUUCCGACAAAGAACUCGACAAGGACACAAUUAUUGAGCUUUACAACAACAACUCUCAUCUUCAUAUUCCUGUUAUGCUUUCUGAAGUCUUGGAUGUCUUCUCAAAUUGCACCUUAAACUCUUUCGUUGAUUGUACUCUUGGUGCUGCUGGCCACUCCACCAAUGUGAUUAGAGGGCAUCCAGAGUUGAAGUAUUUUGUUGGGAUUGAUGUGGAUCCUGUAGCAAGUGAUGUAGCUCAAUCGCGGAUCAGUUCAGUUUUGGACGAAAGUGAGUCUAAUGUGAAAGUGUUUACUAUGUUAAAGAAUUUUAGACACAUCAAAUCUGUGCUUAGAGGAACAGGCGAGGAACAAUUGGGGGUUGCGUCUAUUGAUGGCAUCUUGAUGGACCUCGGAAUGUCAUCUAUGCAGGUGGAUGAUCCUCAAAGAGGAUUCAGCGUGCUUGGUGAUGGACCCCUUGAUAUGCGUAUGGAUCCUCAGGCAAGCCUCAAAGCAGAAGACAUACUAAAUUCUUGGCCAGAUACUGAAGUGGGACGUAUCCUAAGGGACUAUGGGGAAGAAAGUAACUGGCGCACUCUGGUGAAGAAAAUUGUCCAGACCCGUUUAGAAGGUGGAUUACAUUCCACUACUGACUUGCUGGAUCUUAUUAAGCACGUGACUCCUCCUAUGAAAAAUGGAAGGCAAGGUUGGAUAAAGACAGCAACCCGAGUAUUUCAAGCAUUGAGAAUCGCGGUCAAUGAUGAACUGAAGACUCUUGAGGAUUCUCUCUAUUCUUGUUUUGACUGCCUUGCACCUGGGGGCAGGCUUGCUGUCAUAUCCUUUCACAGCUUGGAGGACAGAAUUGUGAAGCAAACAUUUCUUAAUAUAAUUAAAGGGAACGAAGACACGGUCGAAGGGGAAAGCUGCAAUAGUGAUCUGAGGAAGAUGAUUGACGAAAUCAAAGAAAAAGAAGCAUGGAUAAAACAAGUAAUGCAUGGAUCAAAUGGUAUAGUUCUCACUAAAAGACCAAUCACGCCAUCAGAAGAAGAGGAGGAAUUGAACCGCCGAAGUAGAAGUGCAAAGCUAAGGGUUAUUCAGAAGCUUUGAAAAUAAAGUUUGAGAUUACUAUUUUGGAGCUCUUAGAAAUAUCUGUAUUCAUAAAUUUGUCUGUACCUUUGAUGUCCUAUAUAUUCAUAAAUUUAGAAUUGUACUCAACUUUUCAUUAGUAGGGAAAAAAGGUUUAAUUGUGUGAAUUACCUAUUUUUAGUUUUUGGGUUAAAUAUAUUUUAAUUUCAAUCAAAUUACCAAAGUUUACUUUCUGUUGAAGACUUUUACUAAUAUUUUAAAUGUUAGGAAAAUAUAAUUAAAAGUAUAUAUAUUUUUAAACUAAAUAUAUACUGAGUUAAUAGCUUUAACUAAAAGUUUUGUAAGUUAAUUUUAAAGAAACUAAAAAGUACUAUUUUUUUUAUGAAGACCAAUUUUGUUGUUGAUAAUUUUAUAACUAAAAAUAUAUUUAAUUAUAACUUCUUUUUGGGCUUUCACAAAAUUCCUUAACCUUGUUACAGACUCACAGGGUGGUGCAAAGAGUAAUGUUUGAUAUUAUAUUGUUUGUUAUCACAAGUGAGAAUAGAAUAUCCUUUUCAGUGGCAUUUAUUUCAACCAAUUUCCUUUCCUGUUCUUUUCUUCCAACUACCAACUUCUUUACCAGACAGAUUCAUUAAUAAAUGGCAAAAUCAAUUCUUCUGUGCAACAAAUGGUAUGGAAAUGGACAAUACUUCUGGGCCACACAUUCCUUCCACAAUUUCACCCAAAGG